CGAGUUUGUUUGAAGUUUGGGUAUAUGAAUUGUGCACGACACUUUGUUUCACGAGUUGAAGAUUAUCUGUUUCCAGUCCACCCAGUUAUUUACUCGAUUAAGGGAUCAAGUAUUUGCUCCCCUCCAGAGCACAAACAAAAGCAUCUCUACUCAAAAGUUUGGUUGUAUUUGUAUAAGAAAACCAUUAAAAUUUAUCCAUAAUAAUUCGAGUUUGCAAUUCUAAAAUGUUGAGUUUGAGAUUGCAUGAAGUUAUUUUUAUACUACCAAUCUUAAUUCGAACAUCAGUGUCAACUAUUGUCAAUUAAUUCAAGUUAAAUCGGAGAAGAAUAUUAGUAAUAGUAUCAUGGUUAUUCAACAAGGUUUAUGAUGUUGUCACGAAAAGCCAACUAGGCACGAGUUGAUCCUAUUUAAUCAAGGUUUCUGUUUGUUUUUUUUUUUUUUGCCCCCUUCAACGUCUAGAAAGUGGGAUUCGAUUGGGAAUGGGAAUUCAAAUGUUACAAGUAAACAGAGUCUGAAUUAUUGAGAGAUGAGGUAAUUAAGUGGGUGAUUGCGAUCUUUGUACCUACCUGGCUACAUAUUUUAAUGCUCAAUGAUUGCCUAACGCCAAAGCAAAACUUGUCCAACUUGCCAAAUUAUAAGUUGCAUCCAUCUUGCAACAAUGUGCUGCACAUAACAUGUACAAGUCCACGUCACACGAAACAGAAAAUUAAUCAUACCUAUGACAAUCAACACAGUAAUGCCCAUGAAAAUGAUAAAAUAAAUAAAUUCUACUUACAUGCUAAAAUGUUGGCUCCUAAACGGUAACAUAUGAAUAAUUAAAUAUAUAUAUAUGGUGACUACUUCGAUGCACUCACAAAAAUGAGUGCGUUCAAUGCACCUAACUCAAAAACUAGUCUUAAGGUGUCGGAUUUUGAAUUUUAAUUUGUAGAAUUACUGUAAUAUGAUGAUAUAACACAUGAUAACAACUAAUUAGCAGAUUACCCUAAGCCGUAGAUCUCCAAUUUUGAUACCUAUCCCUAAACCCCAAAUUGUAAACCCUAAUCCUAACCCUAAAUCUCUAAGGGGUCAUUUGGAUGCAGGUUUUGGGUGUGGGAUUUGGGCACAAUCCCACAUAGUGUGAGAUUUUAAUUAAAAUCACUCGUUUGGAAAGCAAUUAUAAGAUAAGAGAUUUUAAAUAUUAGAGAUUUCAGAAACCCACAAUUGUGGGAUUAUGAAAUAGCUGAUGGUCAUCAGCUAUUUUAAAAUUCCACACAAAUUCCACAAUCAGUGAUUUGAGCCAAAAUCCCACAAAUUAAAAACCUGGAUCCAAAUGACCCCUAAACUCUAAAUCCUUCAAAUUAAAGUAAAUCUUCAAUGGGUUUUGUGCAAAUUCAUGUGCAUUAUUGUUCAUCACAUCAUAAGUGAUGAUUGACAUCAUUUUGACAUAAAUCGCAUGUUUAUAAUGACGGUUAUGAAGCGGGUGCACUGAAUGCACCAAAAAAAGUGAGUGCACCGAAAAUGGCAAUAUAUAUAUAUAUAUAUAUAUAUAUAUAUAUAUAUAUAUAUGUUAUUAAAACUCGACAUGGACAGAUAUAAUCAUAUAUAUGAUUAAACUGCUGGCAACAUUCACCGUUUGUAACACCAAUGAUUUGGCUCAUUGAUAAAUUAUGAGAAGAUGAAAUUGACUGAAAUUCUAUUUUUAAAAUUUAAACCCAGCAAUCAUCCCCCCAAAAAAAUCACUAAUUACUAAUUAGUGUAAGGAUUUUUUUUUUUUAAGAAUUAAAUGGGAGGGAGAUCUAUCAAUUUUGGUCCCAACAGCAACAGGAGGGUGGGGAUAACUAAUCCUCUGUGGAUAUGUGUUUACGGCAUGCAUGGAUGGAUCAUGGAUGUCCAGCAGCUUUUUAUUCUAGUUGGCAACUUGCAGGCAGUAGUGUCGAAAUCGCCACUCGCCCUUGCCUCGAAGCAAUAUCAUUUCUCCACCAUGUGGCGAUCUCAGUCAGACCUCUAUGCACUAGCGUGACCAUACUGUGUAUUUUUUAAAAUCAAUUUUGAAUUGGAAAUUUUCGAGAAGAUUUUUUUAGUGUGGAGAGUAAGAUCGGUAAACUACGGGAACAACUUUAAUCUAAGAGUUCAAGCAAAAUUAAUAAAAUAAAUUUCGAAUAUAAAACGUGGAUAAAAAAUUAAAAAUGGUUAAAUAAAUUUUUUUAGAUUUAUUUCAAAUAUUUUUUUUAGAUUCAUCUUAUAUUAUUUUUCUAGAUUAUUUUUUAAUUUAACAUAAUAUGAAUGAAAGAAACUUAUGCUUUCUGAAAAUACAUAUCAUGGUAAAAUUAAUUAUGUAUUUUCAAAUUAUUUUGUAAAACUAUUACAACUUUUUGAAAAUCAUACUUAAUUUGGUUUGGUUUCAAUUUUUUUUAACAUUUUUAACAAAUCGAGCCAAAUAUAGGCUAUAUAUAAGAAAAUAAAUUAUAUAUUUGUUAACCCUUUAUUUUUUGUAGAAAAUUUAAUCUUCCUUUUCCCCUUCUCUUACCUCCCUCCCGUAUGGUUGGUAACAUUUUCUGGGUAAUUAUUAUAAAUUGUAACAAAACUAUUCACUUUAUACAAAACGAUCACAAUUCUUUAAUUUUACACGUUUCAAUAACACAAGUUUGAGUGAAUAACGAAUUAGUCAGUCCGUCCACUUUCGUCCAAUGAUCCGUUACUUUUUCUCAAUCAGCAUGACAUGUUAUUAAAAAUAUUAAUAAAAAAUUAAUUACUCACCCAAUUAACCCACACAACCCAACCGGUUGUAUCCUAAUACCCACCCCCUUCCAUCCGCGUGAAGAAGUCGAAGCAAAACCCUAUAGUCUCCGUCUCUCCGAUGUCGUCUCCCACCUAGCGCACCACUGUUUCAAAUCCCGGUGGAGCCAUCCCCCAUCCCUCCUCUCUUCUAGCCAGGACCGGCUCUCUUCUCCUCACUUCUCCCAAAUUUCCCUCCUGUUCAAAUCGAAUCCUCACCUUGCCCUCAGUUUCUUUGAUUUUAGCCGCCGGAAUUCCUUCCUCUGCCUUCACAACGUGUACUCUUUCGAGGUAAGGCGACACAACAUAACCUUGCAAGUCACUCCAUUGAUCUCCACAACUCUCAUGGAUCCUGUCAUAACCUCCGUCCACCAGAUCUGCCUCUUCUCCGACUUGUACUGACUGGCAUAGUUAGUAAAUACUCCGUUUAAUACACGUAUAUGUACCCGUACGCAAUGUAGUUAAACUAUAGUUUUUAUGUAUAAGCGGAAUGAUGGGUACAAACUUAAGCGUAAAAGCGGAGCGUAAGAACGUAAGUUUAUAUGAACCAUUGAAAUUGUGAAAAAUCAACUUAAAAGACUAAUAUGAUGCACACACAGAAAAUUGGAAAAGAUUUUGAACUAGAGUACAUUCUAACUCAGAACAGGUUCAUAAACAUAGAAAAAGAGUUGAAUCAUACGCUAAUAUGAAUCAUAACUCAGAAAUAUUCAUAUUAUGGACAUCACAAGCCCUCCAAAAAAAUUGAUCAUGAUUUAUGCUACAUUUGGGCAGCAACGUCCACAUUUCCAUCCAAAUCAUAUCAUCUUAAUUACCGCCAUCGUCAUAGUUGUUAUUGUCACUAACAUCAUGCUCCUCAUAAAUACAUCAAUCCUCAUUCAUGUUAAAAGAAUCACUUUGAAGCCAGCGGCAUGAUCACUUUAGUUUUUUCAUCUAUAAAAAAUCAUUUGACCAUCCCAUGACAUGCCAAAUCGCUCCAUAAACAUUAUCGUUAAAAGCUCUUAUAAGCGUCCUAAAAGCUAGCUUUUAAGGAUUUUUAUGCACAUAUUGUGGUUUUGAAGAGUUUAUAUUAAGCUUAUGAUGCCAAAAGAUUUUUCAAAGAAAAAUACUAUAUUGGAGGAGGUAAGAACUUAAAAGCGUAAGCUUUUAGGCUUAAACUAUAGCUUUUAACUACAUUGCCCGUACGUACUUUAUCUGUUUAAAACUUCCGUAUCCGUAUUAUUGUCAAGUCGUUCAAUUUUUUUUUCGUUCAUUUGAUGUCUCCCGUACUAAACACAUGUAAAAUCCGUAUAACACGUUUAAUAUCCGUAUUUAAUGACUUAAAUUGUUAACUUUAUAAUUAUUUAUAUAUUUUAUUAUUUUUAAAAUAAUUAAUAUUAUAUAUUUAUGACUAUUAAUGUACUAUUACACGUAACAUUAUAUUAGAGACGAAAUAAAUACCCGUACGUAUUUUAUACGUAACAUUCUCAUACCGUAUUUUACUAACUAUGGUGACUGGUAGCCGUCCCUUUAUCUUCCACCUCCCUGCAUACGCACAGAACACACCAUCAUUAAAUUUUAAUAGAAGUUAAAGGAAGAUGGUUCUUGAAAAUGAAGGCAAAAAUUAAUUACCUCAAGAAGAACUUCUCCCAGCAGCUGUAACCUUUGAGCGAGGAGAUUAAUGGCAGAAGCACUGGAAGAAAGAUCAGUAAAGUGGCGUUUGCUUCGGCUACUGCACACAGAUGGAAGGGGUGGGUAUUAGGGUAAAACCGGUUGGGUUGUGCGGGUUAAUUGGUUGAGUAAUUAAUUUUUUUAUUAAUA